AUGAAUGCAGACUAUGAGCUGGCACUGUUUAAAGAUGGCAAUAAGAUCUUGGCACUGCUCAAGAACAAUGAGACAAUAUAUGUAAACCCCGGAAAUAAAAAAGACAAAGAAAAGAACAAGAAGCAUUUCCAAAUGCUGUUCACAAAUGGAAGCUACUUCCAGAUAAUAUUUAAAAGUGGAUCAUCAGCUUAUAUUCAAGGGCGUUAUGUAGUCCGGUAUUACAUUAAUGGAAGAAUGCCACCAGAGGAUCCAGAGCCUCUGUCAUUUAGCAUAGGUAAGUGAGUUUCAGUAUAAAUAUAAUUUGAAUAAGAAACCUAUGUUUAAUAAUAAUUAAGUCACAUAAAAUAUUGGCAAAACAUUUCUUUGGAUGUCUCGUAUAAUUAUGAAAUAGAGGUUUAAUAAUAAUUGAGUGGCAUUAAAUAUUGGCAAAACAUUUCUUCAGAUAUUUGUAAACGAAAUAUUCCUCUGACCUGAAUCUUGGCGAGGUUCUUUGCAUAUUUACCAUAUUAACCCAAGCAUGCUAUUGGGUCAUUGGUAUAAAUGUUGUGAAAACUGUGAUGUCCUACUCAAAUAAAGUCACUAGUCUACAACUGUCCCAACAAAGAAUGCAAUGACAACAAUUUUACCCCUCAUUGCCCCCACCUCCCAUGCCACCCCACUUGGCAAAGCGAUAGCCUGUUCACAGACCUCUGUUUUCUCUUAAAAGUCCACUGAGCACACAUGAUAAAAAUAAAAACAGUAUGCAAUUAAAUGACCGCUAGUGCAAGGGGAGGGGAGGGGGGGGGGGGGGGGGAUCUCACUCCGCCACCAAAACGAAUACACCAACAACAAUUUUGCCCCCUGCACCCCCCACCCCCGACUCCACCCCCCUGACAAAAAGCCAGCCCUUUACAAACACCUCUUUUUUUUCAUAAAAGUCCUAGUAGGAAACAGAUAAAAAAAAAAAACAGUGUAGAAAAAGAAGGGGUUAGGAGUAGGGGGGGGGGGGGGGGGGGGGGGGAGAGAAGAAUAUUUUAGUUUCUCUCCAUGUAAGGGAAUCUGGAUUCCGGAAUCUUGGAAAUUUUUGCUUGUGGGAUCCGGACCCUAGGCUUUGGAAUCCGAAAUACAGCUAUAGGAAUCCGAAGUCCCACUAACAAUUGGAAUGCAGAAUCAAAGUUUCACUGAAAAAAGAUGUGCAAUCCAGUAAUUAUGGAAUCCUGAAUCAACAGCGUGGAAUCCAGAAUCCAAGACUGUCUUGGAUUCCCUUACAUGGGGCAAAUUUCUUUCUCGCUUACUCACUGAUUAUUGAAAAAAAAAAUAAAACAACAUCUGUGUACAUACAGGCUAGCAAAGCAACCAAGUCCUAGCAUGACAACCCUUACUCUAGCAAAUCCAUAAUAUCAAUGGGUGUCAAUUAUUUCAUUUUUGGAGUGAUUGCACAUAAGUGCAUCCCUUUCAUACUUUUCACUGUCAUUUUUGUUUAUUCCACAGAAAUAAAUACUACUGCCGAAGCAAAUACUGUUUCUACCCAAGGCAUCAAUGAAGAGCACCCGCAACACGUUCUUACAGGAUUGCCCUCUCCAAAAAUACCCCCAACACCUACGACAGGUAUCUCGAUCACGUAGUAUUCGAAUUUUUAGUCAUCUUGUUAGUUUAACUUUUUUCCCCUGACGCAUGUAAAAAGAAGCACAGCAUUUACAGCUGUUGAUUAUUUCAAUUUAAAUUCCCGGGUCGCAUGCAACUUUGCCAUCAGCACCAAUGGCGUUAUGUUGCUUAUUUUUCAGGUUUGCAGGCAAGAAAAACUCAGAUGCAUGUACCUUGGGAAAUCCUUGUUUUAGCGGUGACUGUAGUGGUAUUGGUUGUAAUUUUUGCAUCCAUCAAAUUGCUCUGGAACAGAAAUUCGGACUAAAAUAUUUUCAAUAGGCU